CUGUCUUUCUCUCUCGCCCCCACAAGAACUAGAAAGGAAGAAGCCAAACACCCUCUUUUGCUCUUGUUUGUUCCCACAUACCACCCUGUUCCUAUUUUGGCAUGAACAUAUCUUAAUCACUGUGCUUGUUAGUUGUUAUAGUUAUUUAUUAUUAUUAUACGGGAAAACAAUGGCUUCACCGUCCGAACUAAGCCUCGAUUGCAAGCCACAUAGCUAUUCCUUGCUACUCAAAUCAUUUGGAGAUCAAACUGAUCAGACCUACAAGCUUGAAGAAUUCCUUUCUCGCUUAGAGGAAGAACGUCUCAAGAUUGAUGCCUUCAAGCGUGAACUUCCUCUCUGCAUGCAACUCCUCACCAACGCGAUGGAGGCUUCAAGGCAGCAACUUCAGGCCUUCAAAGUAAGUCAAAGCACAAAGCCAGUUCUUGAAGAAUUCAUACCCAUGAAACACUUAACCUCUGAAAGCUCUGAGAAAGCAACAAACAUGUCCGACAAGGCAAAUUGGAUGACAACUGCACAACUGUGGAGCCAAGCAAGCGAAGGAACCAAACAACAAGCUGCAAUCACGUCACCAAAAGAAGCUGACAUGGGCUUCAGCAUGAGCCCAAAGCUAGCUCUAGACAACAAACAAAGGAAUGGUGGAGGAGCCUUUCUCCCAUUCUCAAAAGAGCGAAACUCUUGCCAAGGCUCCACAUUGCGACCUCUCCCUGAACUGGCUCUUGCUUCUGCAGAGAAAGAAAUUGAAGACAAGAAACGUGGAGAGGGAGAGAAGGGUGUUUCAUGUCAGAAUAAGAAGGAGAAUUCAGCAAGUGAUGGUGCUGUAAUUGAUCAAGGAAAAGGGAAUAGUCCAGUUGCAUCAUCUCAGGCACAAACAACCACAACUACACAAACUCAUAGGAAAGCAAGAAGGUGUUGGUCACCAGACCUGCACCGUCGAUUUGUUAAUGCUCUCCAAAUGCUUGGUGGAUCUCAAGUGGCCACCCCAAAACAGAUAAGGGAGUUGAUGAAGGUUGACGGUUUGACCAAUGAUGAAGUUAAAAGCCAUUUGCAGAAGUAUAGGCUUCACACCAGAAGACCAAGUCCAAGUCCUCAAACAGGUGCAGGAGCACCACAGCUUGUGGUCCUAGGAGGAAUCUGGGUCCCACCGGAAUAUGCCACGGCGGCUGCCGCCCAUACAGCCACUCCUACUCUCUACGGUGCCCACCCUACCUCCCACGCGCCGCCGCCACACUAUUGUGCCGCCACCCCAGUUCCCCAAGAGUUCUACACUGCAGCGCCGCAGCAGCCGCUGCUUCCGCCGCCUCCGCCGCACCACAACGCUCUCCAUCACCUGCACAUGUACAAGGCGGCGCACCACGGGCACAGCUCGCCGGAAUCUGACGUUCCGGGAGGCGGGAACCGGUCGGAGAGUAUUGAGGAUGGGAAAUCGGAGAGUAGCAGCUGGAAAGGGGAGAGUGGGGAGAACGAAGGGGAGAGAAAAGGGUUGGCUGAGGAGAGUAAUGGGAGUGAGAUCACUCUCAAAUUCUAGGGUUUUUUAUGAAAAGUGUUUUUAGAAUUAGGGUUUUUUCCUUGCAUGCUCCAUAUUAUCUCAUGCAUGUUCAUUGUUCAACGAGAUUGGGGAAAAAAACAAAUUAAGAAGAACAAAAUAUCCCUGGCUGUACUUUUUGCAUAUAUUUCAGUGGUAAAGACUGUACUGCAGAGGGUAAAAAGGGCAUAAAAGUGGGCAUUUGUUUUGUUUUGUUUUGUUUUUAUUGCGUAUGCAAUCUAUUGAUGCUGUUAUAUAUGUAUCGGA